CGGCAUGGCUGGCGUGAGCUUCGGCGCCAACCGGCUGGAGCUGCUGGCCUCGUACCAGGAGGUGAUCGCGGAGGACAGCCCCACCGACUGGGCUAUAUACACCUAUGAGGAUGACUCCGACAACCUGAAGCUGGCUGCCUCAGGAACUGGUGGCCUGCAAGAGCUCUCCAGCCACUUUGAGAAUCAGAAGGUGAUGUAUGGAUUCUGCAGCGUCAAGGACCCACAGGCCACCCUGCCUAAAUAUGUUCUUGUCAACUGGGUAGGAGAGGAUGUAGCUGAUGCCCGCAAGUGUGCCUGUGCCAGUCAUGUGGCUAAGGUUGCUGAGUUCUUCCAGGGUGUGGAUGUAAUUGUCAAUGCUAGCAGUGUGGAAGACAUCGAUCCAGGAGCCAUUGGGCAGCGGCUCUCCAAUGGCCUGGCCCGCAUCGCCAGCCCGGUGCUGCACCGCCUUCGCUUGCGUGAGGAUGAAAACGCCCAGCCUGUGGGCACAACCUAUCAAAAAACCGAUGCAGCUGUGGAGAUGAAACGACUCAACCGGGAACAAUUCUGGGAGCAAGCCAAGAAAGAGGAGGAGCUGCGCAAAGAGGAGGAACGGAAGAAGGCCAUGGAUGAGCGGCUGCGCUUUGAACAAGAGCGCAUGGAGCAAGAGAGGCAGGAGCAGGAGGAGCGUGAGAAGCGCUACCGGGAGCGUGAGGAACAGAUCGAGGAACACAGGAGAAAACAGCAGAGCCUGGAAGCAGAGGAGGCCAAGCAGCGGUUGAAGGAGCAGUCCAUCUUUGGGGAGCAGGAGGACGAUGAAGACAGGCAGCAGCCCAAAAAGUCUGAGUCGGAGGUGGAGGAGGCGGCUGCCAUAAUUGCCCAGCGGCCCGAGAAUCCCCGCGAGUUCUUCAGGCAGCAAGAGCGAGUGGCCUCGGCCAGUUCAGAGACACCCCCGCCCUUCAACAGAACAGCAGGUCGUCUGCACUGUCCUUUCAUAAAGACACCUGACAGUGGGCCUUCCUCCUCCUCUUCCUCCUCCUCCCCUCCACGGACUCCCUUCCCCUAUAUCACUUGCCACCGUACACCAAACCUCUCCUCCUUUUUCCCAUGCAGCCAGACGGACACACACAGAAAAGUAUCUGCCUCCGCCAGCAGCCCCUGCGACUCCAGUACAGCCUCAACGCCUGUGGGCGAGCAGAUUGAGCGUGCCCUGGAUGAGGUAACGCAUCAGGAUGCUUUGAAAGAUUCCUCCAGCCCAAGCAGUGAGGAGACAGCAGUGGCACCUGCUACAAACUGGGCUCCUCCCAGUGUGGAGCAACCAGGGGAGAAGGCAGAAGAGCCCCCUGGGGUGUCAGCCUGGCCAGAAGCUGACUGGACAGAGCCUCAUCAAAGCGGGACAGGCCCCGCGGAAGAGCAGGUGUUCCCAGAGUCCAAAGAGGAGCCUCUGUUCCCCGAAGCCCUGCCUCUCAAGGAAGAGCCUUUCUUCCCAGCAGCCCCACUGCCCAUGCCGAACGAAGGGGCGCUAGAUCUGGGGGAGGCCUUUGGGUUUUCCCAGCCACCGGCUCCCCUGUCAGAAAACCUCCUUGACCUGUGGCAGAAUGACAGUGCUGUCCCGGAGCCCACCCAGCCUGAUGCCUGGCCGAUCCAGGGGGGUGGGCCCCCCACUCCUGCCCCGUGGGACCUUCAUGACGGGCCUCCCGCAGCCGCCCCCAUGCUGGUUGAGGUGGAUGCCCCCCCAGAGGCACCGGAGCCCCCAGCCUCCGCAGGCCUCACCGACGAUAACCUGCUGAACUUCAAUGACCUGCCUGAGCCUCCCGCCACCUUUUGCGACGCUGAGCAGGAUGAAGAGCCAGCCAGCAUCAUCGCCAUUGAAGGGCUGCACCAGAUGACGCUGAGCUACCAGCAUGCCCUGCAGGAAGCCUCGGGGGUGCACCCGGGGACCCAGCUGCUCACCAAUGGAGAGACCGCCCAGAAGGAAAGCACGCAGACCAGUGAAGGUUAUUUCAGCCAAUCACAAGAUGAAGACUUCAACCAAUCGGAAGAGCCUUCUGCUAAAGCUCCUCCGCCAGUGUUCUACAACAAGCCCCCAGAGAUCGAUAUCACCUGUUGGGAUGCUGAUCCAGUGCCAGAAGAGGAGGAGAGCUUCGGGGGCAACGUUUAAGAGCCGCUCCCGUGCCCAGCUCCUGUAUCCUGCACCUCGCAAGCCCAGCGUGUGCAAGGCUGGGGCAGCCGCAGUGAGGGCCUGGUGCCUGCUUGCUCUGUAUUGUAGCCCUGCGGUCCCAAAGGCCUCAGAUUGUACCCCAGAUAGCCAGAUAGGAUGUUCUCCGUGGUCCUCCGGGGUAACUUUUCCAGCGCGCGCUCUCUUUCUCUCUCUCUUCUCUUUCUCUCUCUCUCUUUUUCUAAUGUUGUCAAUAGGAAACGUGUAAAUCUGCCUGGUCCCCUCUUUGUUGGUAGCUUCCUCGCAGCCCCCUUAACACUUCCCGAUUGCCUCUGCCUGUUGGGUUUUUUUUUUCUGUCCUCCCCCCCCCAAUGCCAUUGAUGCCAUGUGGGUUCAU